AGCGCCCGGGUCGUGCGAGCCGGGAGCAUGAGGAGCUGGUGUCUCUGUCAGAUCUGUACCUGCGGGCGGCACCAUUGUCCACAUGGAACCACGCGGAUUUAUGAAAAUUCUGGCGUAUCUUGCCCCACAACUGAAUAUUUGGAAAAAUAUCCUAUGCAUGGCAAUAUUCUUCCACCUCAAAGUCUUAAACCCAAGCAAGAAUUCCGCGCAUGCCGAGAGAAAAUGGAAGGAAUAACUACAUUUAAAUCGGAUUAUCGUCCAUAUGAAGUAGUCAAACAGCCUUGCCAUGUACCGGAAGAAUACAAACCCAAACAAGGGAAGAUUGAUCUUGGUACCACCUAUAAACGGGAUUUUAAAUCUUAUAAAGUGCAACCUGUGGCAAUAGUCCAGCCUUUGGAGAGAAAACAAGUUAAAAAAGGAAAGUUGGACACUGUCCCAACCUAUAAAGAUGAUUAUAGAGCUUGGGACAUUCAGAAAAGUGAGCUUUAUAAACCAGAACAAGCUUAUCAUCCCCCUACCGUGAAAUUCGGAAAUGCCACCACAUUUCAGGAUGACUACGUUCCCCAGGAGAUAAAGCCAAGGCAAAGCUGUAAACCGUCCCCUGUGCCCAGACGGUCCACCGUCCCCUUUAACGGCGAUACCAGUCACCGCCUUGACUAUGUACCACAUGAGCUAGAAUUCAAGCUCGCGAGGCCGAGAGAAGUUUACAAACCAACUGACCGGCCCUUUGAGGACCUCACAACUCAUCGGUGUGAUUUUCAGGGUCUUGCUGGUGACAUGGCAAAAAUCUGCAAGCCCCCAUGCACCAGAGUGACCCCACACGCUCCCUUUGCCGGAAGCACAGAAUCCCGGGAAAGUUUUCAGGCCUGGGAAGUCCCACCGCCUGGAGCGAAGAAGGUAGCAGAGUACGUGCCGCCCCCCGGAAGCAUGCAGUUCAGCAGCACGAGCCACCUCGACUACGUUCCGCACCCAGCCCGCCGUGCGGCUCCCAUCAGGCCAGCUGCUCCUAGGAGAAGCAGCCGUGCUCCUUUCCAAGGGAGAAGCACCACGAAGGAAGAUUUCCCAGCGUGGGAGAGCUGCCGUCAAGGCCUCAUUCAGCCGCAGCCGCAGAUCCCAGGCCCAUCUGGAAAAUUCGACGGCUUGAGCACGUUCAGAGCGCACUAUGUGCCGCAUGAGCUGAUUCCCACAGCGAGCUGCAGACCUUUCACUGUGGCUCUCCAGAGCGCCGCUCCGUUUGAUGACGUCACCACGUACUCCACAGAGUACACCCCAAAGAAGCAGGAAGUCUGCCCAGCUAGCUACCCCUCUCCUCCGGGUUACGUGUUUGAAACCGCAAAUCCCCAAGGUCACAGAUUCUUCCGCAAGAUGGUACCUGCACUGAAGGCCUUCUAAUCAGCAAACUGUGGAAAAGGAAGCCACCCAGCAAGGUGUUGGUUUUCCAAGGGAACCUGAUUUCUUUAUAGUGAAAAAAAAUUAUGAGAGAGAUGUGACAAAUCGUCUUUUAGAUUUUUAGACAAGAAAAUUGUAAGAUGUAUU